CAUAGCCGCCGUCACUUUAAGCGGUUUGUGAGUCCGACGAUUGUCUCGUUUUUUUUUUUUUUAAAUAUACACAUUCUCCAAAAAUUUCUAUCGUACCUGAUUUACAAAUUUUGAUUUUGGUUUGUUUCGAUUUUUUUCUAACAUAAUUCUCUCGUUUCGUUAAAAAGAUUCUGGUGCAAUUUUCAUAGAAGUAUAACAACUUUAAUAAUCGACAGAAAGAAGGAAAAAAAAAAAUAAAUAAAAUGAUGAGAUGAUCAUAAAUAAAAAUAAUAAUAACAUCAAAAACAGUAAAUAAUAGUAACAAUAACAAUCGUUACAAGUGUCGAAGAACGGUAGAAGAAGAAGAAAAAAACUACUGUGAAUUGCAAAGAUAUACAAGAAAGAAGAAAGAAAAUUCAAAUGUCUUUUUUGGUGUAAAUUAAUUUUUUUUUUCUCUAAUAUAAUAAUAGUGUGGAUAUAUAUAUGUUUAUAUAUAUAUCUGAAUUCUAAGCCAUCAGGAUGAACAGGAUAACGUGUAUAGGGAUGAUAAUCGUGGGCCUACUUGCGGCGGUUUUGACGAUCGCCUCGGCACUGUCACCGGCUAUAUACCAAUUCAAUUUAUCAGAAUACGUAGCCGGCCUGGACGAAGAUUUACAAGCGAGAGCAGUAGCCGCCUUAGAAGCGGAACGUCAAGCGUACCAAUCGAAAACAUGGUUGGAGGACAGAAUCGGAACGGAUGGAACGCCGUGUCGAAUUCGUGCUGAACGUCCGUGUCCCCCGAGCAAAUAUCGAACACCUUCUGGUGCUUGUAACAACGUACGUCAUCCGGCAUGGGGCGCGAGAGGAUCGCCGAUGCUGAGUCUGAUCGGUCCGGCGUACGCGGACGGUAUCAGCAGACCCAGGCAAUCGGUUGGCACGCACGCCUUGCCGACGCCGUUCGAAGUGGUCUCGACUCUUCGUCGGGACCAUUCUCACCACGAGGGAUUGUCAAGUUUGACCGGAGUGUGGGCCGAACUUUUGCUGCGCGACAUAGCCGAGACGGUCCACAUCCCCGACUUGGACUGUUGCUCCAACGGCGGUUCGAAUUCGCACGCGGAGUGUUACGCCGCCUGGACGAAUCGGGAGUGUAAAAAUUACACGCGUUCGUUACCCACGCUCACGGCGAACAGCUGCAAAUUCGAAGGAAGGGAGCAGAUGAACGCGGCUUCCGGUUACAUCGACGGUUCCGACCUGUACGGGAGCACCGACGAGGACCUGCACAAGGUGAGGACCUACACUCGCGGCAACGUUGGACUGGCGGCCUGCAAAAGAUGCAAGAAAGAUGGUACCGCGAUCGGUACGCUCUACACGACCCUCUUACUCGAACACAACCGAAUCGCCGACGGUUUGGCGGACAUCAACGAGCACUGGGACGACACGAGGAUAUUCUUGGAGGCCCGACGCGUCCUGAUGGCCGAAUUACAACACGUUACGCUGAACGAAUUCGUACCUAGCAUCCUGGGAGAGGCGGCGUUCGUCAACGCUGACUUGAAACCGGUGAGGAGCGGUUUCUACGCCGGAUAUUCCUCGACCAAUCGGGGAGGAGCCUUCGACGCCGUUGCCCUGGCGGCCCUGCAGUCCCUCUUGUCCUUGAACGCAAGAUCCGUGACCUUGGAAGAACUCCUGACGAGACCCGCCCAUCAGAUAAGCCUGAAAAUUCCGCGCUCCAACGAGGACGUAUGGGACGCCAGCGAGAGGAUGAUCCACGUCGGCAGGGACCACGGGCUCCCGAGCUACCCUCAUUUCGUGUCCUACUGUUCCGGUAGCGACAAAAUCGUCAAUUUCACCGACAUAAAGAACUUCAUGGACGAGAGGGACGUCGACGAUCUCGAGGCGCUCUACGGGACCACGGAGGACGUCGAUCUCCUGGCCGGCGGGAUCCUGGAGAGGCCGACGGAAGCCGCGGCGGUCGGUCCGACCUUCGGGUGCCUGUUGAGGGAACAGUUCGCAAAACUUAGAAAUUCCGACAGAUUCUGGUACGAGAACGACCUACCGCCGUCGUCGUUGACGCUCGAUCAGCUAACGGCGAUAAGGAAGGUCACGCUCUCCGGCAUAUUGUGCAAGAACACGGCUAUCUCGAGGAUACAACCGAUGGCGUUCAUACAGCAGGACCCCUACCUCAACGUGAAGAUAAACUGCGAUCAGCACGGUAUCCUGGAUCUCGCCGCGUGGGAGGAACACCCGCAGCCCGCCGUUCUGGACGACAAUUCGAUGGCCUCGGUUAUGGCUACCGAAGUGGCGUCCGAAAUAACGCCGGAGAUGAUAGCCGCGGCGGUCAGGAAGGCCGAACAGGACCUGGUGGCCAGAAAACAGAUCGAGUACAACGCUUGGCUUGAGCAAAAAACGGCGGAUCCGAAAUCCUCGAUCGGGACAGCCGCCAGUUUUUCCAAGGCUAACAAGGACGCUCUUCUCCUCGCCAACUCUUCGAUAUUGUUCGAACUCGCCACCAACGAGAUAAUAAACGGCGCUCACGGUCUGCGUCGCAGGAAACGACAGAUAUUCGACUCGUCCGACAACGUGUUGGGAUUCCCGAACAACGAUUUCUCCGAACUCCUGCAGAACGUGGACAUAGCCGGCUUUCUGCCCACGAUAAACGACCACAGCCACAAGCACGAGCUCGACUGUCCCCCGGACGACUCCCCCUGCGACUCCACGACGCCCUUCAGGACGCUCAGCGGCCACUGCAACAACCUGCGAAAUCCCACCCUCGGCAAGUCCCUGACCACCUUCGCCAGGCUGCUACCCCCGGUCUACGAGGACGGCGUCUCCAAGCCGAGGAUGACCUCGGUGACGGGUAUCCCCCUGCCCAACCCGAGGGUGAUAUCGACCGUGAUUCACCCGGACAUAUCGAACCUCCACAACCGUUACACCCUGAUGGUGAUGCAGUUCGCCCAGUUCGUCGAUCACGACCUCACAAUGACGCCGAUCCACAAGGGUUUCCACGAGUCGAUUCCGAGCUGCAGAUCGUGCGACUCGGCCCGCACCGUUCACCCCGAAUGCAACCCGUUCCCCAUACCGCCCGGCGACCACUACUACCCCACGGUGAACGUCUCCUCGGGGGCCCGCAUGUGCAUCCCCUCGAUGAGGUCCCUUCCGGGUCAGCAGCACCUCGGUCCCCGCGAGCAGGUCAACCAGAACACGGCCUAUCUCGACGCGUCCGUCGUCUACGGCGAGAACUCGUGCAUCUGCAACGGACUGAGGGGUUUCAACGGUAGGAUGAACAUAACGCGCCACCCGAACCGCGGCAAGGACCUGCUGCCGCAGACCGCCACCCACCCGGAGUGCAAGACCCAGUCGGGCUACUGCUUCAUAGGGGGCGACGGACGCGUCUCGGAGCAGCCCGCACUGGCCGUCAUCCACACGCUCUGGGUGCGCGAGCACAACAGGAUAAUGGAGGGUCUGAGACAGGUGAACCCCCACUGGGACGGGGAGAUAAUAUUCCAGCACACAAGGAGGAUAAUCUCAGCGAUGUUCCAGCACAUAACGUACAACGAAUUUUUGCCACGUAUUCUCGGCUGGAACGCCGUGAGUCUCUACGGUCUGAAGUUGCUGCCCCAAGGUUAUUACAAGGAGUAUUCGCCUACCUGCAAUCCCAGCGUAUUGAACGAGUUCGCCGCAGCCGCUUUCAGGAUAGGUCACUCCCUGUUGAGACCCCAUCUCCCGCGGAUGGACCAGAAUUUCCAGAACAUAGACCCUCCCAUACUACUGCGCGACGGUUUCUUCAAUCCCGAUAUGCUCUACGAAGUGGGUAUGAUCGACGAGAUGCUCCGCGGUCUGGUUUCCACCCCAAUGGAGACCCUCGAUCAGUUCAUCACCGGCGAGGUGACCAAUCACCUCUUCGAGAACCGCAGGAUUCCCCACUCCGGCGUCGACCUGAUCGCCCUGAACGUCCAGAGGGCCAGGGACCACGGCAUACCCUCCUACAACAACUACAGGGCUCUGUGCAACCUGAAGCGCGCCUCGACCUUCGAGGACCUAUCGAGGGAGAUGGCGCCCGAGGUGAUCGCCAGACUGAAGCGCAUCUACGCAUCGGUGGACGACAUAGACCUCUUCCCCGGGGGGAUGAGCGAGCGGCCGCUCCAGGGUGGGCUGGUGGGUCCGACGUUCGCCUGCAUAAUAGCCAUCCAGUUCAGACAGUCGCGCAAGUGCGACCGUUUCUGGUACGAGACGGACGACGUCCACCUCCGUUUCACCGAGCACCAGCUCGCGGAGCUUAGGAAGACCACCCUGUCGAAGAUCAUCUGCGAGAACAUGGAUCAGCACCAGGAGAUGCAGCGGGCGGCUUUCGAUUUACCCAGCAACUUCCUGAACCCCAGAGUACCCUGCGGAUCGAUGCCGCACAUGGACUUCAGCGCCUGGCGAGAAACGAGACACGGCUGCCAGAUAGGGGGCAGAAACGUAGCGGUCGGGGAAUCCGGUUUCCCAACGCCUUGCACCAGCUGCGUUUGCACCGCCGAAGGGACGCAAUGCGCUUCCCUCCGUGUCACCGACUGCAACCAGCUUCUCAGGGAAGCUUCGCGGGAGGCUAUACUCAGGGACGACGUCUGCACGGCCCAGUGUGGCUUCGUUCUGGCCGCCACGGAAGCGUCCGCCAGACUUCAGUUCACCACGCCGAAUUCAUUCGGCGGCUUUCCACCGCAGAGAAAUAAUCUGAGAAAUUCACCGACCCCUUCGUCCUUCAACGGUUUCAAAUUGCCCGACUUGUCGCAGUUCAUCGGUUAAACUUCGUCCUCGAUAUUCUACUGGCCGCAGAACUAUGUGUGAGGAGCGUUCUAGUUGGACUGGAAAAUUGGAAAAUAGGAUUACUAGGAUCGUUCGGGUUCGCUGAAAAAAACAAGGAAAAAAAAAAAACAAUCCCGGCUUGUCGCGUCCUCGCGUGCGUUGAAAAGAAAA